GCCGCGUUCACUGGUUUAGACCGAUGCAACUGUCGCCUCAGUCGCUUCCAGAAGUGCAUCUCAAAAAUGCAAUCAUCCAUUGUCUUCGAUGAACACGAAAAACAAAGACGCCUGCUACAGUCGGAACCAUGGUAUCACCAUUCCUUAUCUCGAAAGGUGGCUGAGAGUUUGGUGCGCGUGGGCGGUGAUUUCCUUAUUCGUGAAUCUUCUCGGAAUCCUGGCGUGUUUGUCCUGACAGGGAAAUGGAACGGGCGCCCAUUUCAUUUGUCAGUUAAUCGUUCUGAAGAAGUGAUUCACUCGACACUGGUGCGGUUCACUUAUUUCUUUGAAGAACACAAAAAGGGCUCUGUCAUUGAGUUGGUACGCUUUCACUGGACAAAUCAAGUCCCAAUGACUAGGAAAUCUGAGGCUAUUAUAUGUCGACCUGUGUACUGCACUCGUGGCUCUUUCGAAGUAGCGUUGUUUCAUCCACUUCCUUUGAGCAAAUCGAGACAUCGAGGCAUUCUUGCGCGCGUUUCUCGCACCAAUAGUCCUGGUUUAUCAGCGUCGAUGAAUGAUUUGACUGGUCAGACAAGCUUUGUCGAAAAUCUGAUAGAUCGGACUGGAACAAGUGUGCAGGAUCUGUCCAAUGGGACUUAUGUUGAUCCGAACCUUUUACUAACAAACCUGACCCAACUUGGUCAAGAGGUAUCUGACAACGAGCUGUCCUUCAAUCGCCUUUCAUUAAAUUCAGCUGGAUCACAGGUUCUUCCGCCAACGUUAGUCGUCCCACUGGAUGCUGACAACCCCAAGCUGUCUUCUUUAAACCGGAAGCAGAUUCGUUACGUCCAGAUGCACGAAUCUCCGUCGAUCGCCUCUAUGUUGACUGAUAAAUUCGACAUUAACCGUUGUUUCGAGUGCGGCAUGGAAUCUGGAGGGUGUUAUCACAAACAUUGUUGUGGUUCUGCUACAGGUGGUCUAACACAUGAUCUUACUCUGCCGUUGGCUGACAAACUGGUCUCUCACGUUGGACCUGUUCACCGCGCGCUGUCCCCUGGUGUUUGGAAACGGUUGAGUCUGUCGUUUAGCACCCGUUCCUUUGUGCCGUUCAACUAUGCCCGCCAUCUAACGGCAAUCAGUUUACGCCUGCUCACGUUGCUCAACUGUUCGCGUAUGGCGGAGGCCACCGCUGUUUCCACUCCUUUCCUGUCUUCUUCAGCCCAAAUUAGAGAACACAUUCUGGUUCGCGAUCGAUACUACCACCUUUUCAUCAUCGCCACGGUCUUGUUCACCGAAACGCUAGAAGCACGUACCUUGGUCGUGAUAUUUUGGUUGGACGUCGCCCAAUGCUUGCGAUCCAUUUUACGCGAUCACCAUACCCUGAAUUUUGUUCGGAGCGCUAUUCUCUCACCACAGCUUACUUCACUUUCACGAUUAUGGGACAACGUACUCCGAAACUGCAAUAUGGCUAGCGUAGCCAUGCUACGUGAAUGGAGGGAAAAACAAAGUGAACACGAUACUUUCCGAAGAGCGCAUGAUGUCAGUGUGACCUUGUCUUCGGAUUCCGAGAAGUGUAUCCCAAAUCUUAUCCCCCUGCUUCAUCAUUUAUCAGAUUUGGAUGACACUUCAGGAUCAUUAAAUGCAAGUGGGGACCAGCUGGCGAUUCUCGCGUCUUUACCAAACGGUUCUUCGAUGUGCGAGCUGACUACUGACAAUAACACGGGACGAGAAUCUAUUAUCGCUUGCCUUUCACAAACGGAGACGGUCCUGACGCUUCUGUUGGGCCCAAUAAAAUUGGAAAAUAGCUCUGAGCUGAAGACAUUGGCUGUCAAAAUAGAGCGUGUGUUAACGGAAAUUGCUGCAGUCUUAACGACUUCACAGUGAAAUUGAACACCGACAGACCUGUAAUUAUUACAACUGACUAACGUCAACUCCAGCUUUAUUAUCAAAAACAUGUUUUUGUAAAGAAUUGAGUUUUUAUGAGCAAAA